AUGAAAAGUGGAGAUGUGGAGGAGAGGAGCGAGGAGCCUGGGGAGGUGCGGGAGAAGCCCCCUGCCCAGCGGCCCCUACAGUCGCCUCUCCUUCUGCCCUCGCCUUCUCUCCACCCUAGCCCACCUGACCUCAGGGGCUCCCCGCUACUCACUCUGGGAGACCAGCCCGGUUCUUCUUCCCCGGACCCUCCAGCCCCGGGAAAGGUCGUGGCCGGGGCAGGAGGUCAAGGCCUCUUCCACCCACCUCUCUCGGCCUUUUCCGGCCACAACCCAGACCUUCACGCUCCCCACCGACCGACCGACCGACCGAGCGACAGAGCUUGCCAGCUCCCGGGGAGUCGCCGGACCGCGCUGAACGCGCGCCUGGAACCCGAGACCCGCGGGGAUAAGGGGCUCAGCGGGCGGGGCCCACGGAGCCCAGCCGGGACACACAGACACGCACGCGGCCGGACGGACAGACGGACGACGCCAGCGGUGGGCGUGGGCCCGGCUUACCGCGGGGCGGAGGUUCCGACGAAGGUCCAGGAGGCGGUGAGCGGGCUCUACAUCCCCCGGCGCGGUCGGGCGGGCGGCGUCCCGGGCGGGGAGAGGGGAGUCCCGGCGCCCCCUCCCCGCGAACUCGGCGGGCCGGCCCCGCCCCCCUCCCCGGCUGCAGGUGGACGUGUCCGUCGGUCUCCGGGUCUCCGCGCCUCCGGGCCGUCCCGCGCCGCUCCCCGCGGGCCGCCCAACUUUCAGCGCUGCCCCGCGCCGCGCCCCCGGCGCCGCCUGGGCGUCAGCAUCGUCGGGCCGGGCCCCGGCUCAGAGCGCGGGGGUCCGGGGGCCCAUGGCGCUCGGCCGCCCGCGCUCGCGCCCCCCGCCCCCGCCGCAGCCGCCUGCCCUCCGCCGCCCCCCCUGCUGUUCUCGCGCCGUCACUCCGCGCCGUCCCCCGCCCUGCGCUCCGCUCCCUGCCCCGCUGCACUGUCCCCCCCCCCACCUUCCUCCUCGGCCGGCCGGCCCGGGAUCCGCCGCCACCUCCCCCGGCUGCCCCCCCCCCCGCCCGCCCGCCUCCCCGGAUCUCUGUCGCUCGGUGGGUCUCCUCCUUCCCGCUGCCGCUCUCUCCGUGUCUCCCUGCGGGGUCCCUUCGUCUCCGUCGCCCUCCCGGUGUCUCCCCUGCCUGCCUCCGCCUCUGCCCUGUCUCUCUCCCCUGCGCGUCUCUAUCUGUCCUCCUCCCGGUCCCCGUCUGUCCGUCGCCGUCUCUCUCCCCCUCCCACUCUCGGUGCGGCCCCCGCUGUCUCGGACCCGGGCCCGCGCCUCCGCCGCGUCCCCGGCUCGCCCGGGAGCCCGAGCUCCCGCCGCCCGCGGCGUGCCGAGAACUCCCAACUCGCGGCACGCCGCCCCGCUUUGCGAGACUUUCGCCCCUCCUCACACGUGACCCGCGCCCCAGUGCGGAGGCCGCGCGCCCCCCCCCCCCAGGGCCCGGGCCCCCGGCGGCCCGCGGGCCCCCGGCCCGGCCCCCUCCCCGCAGCCCGGCGGGUCUUCCAGCCCCCUUCCGUCGGCCGGCCGCGCGGGGCAGGGCCGGGGGCGGGGGGCUGCGUGGCCCCGCUCCUGCCCCCGAUCCUGCCCGGGUUUUCCUCCUCCCUCCCGGAGCGCUCCUCCCAGAACCCAUUCCGAGAAUCCGCUCCCGGGUUUCCGGGCCCCCAGGGACAGGAGUACCCGCACUUAAAGACCCUACGCACCGUGCUCGGGGAGACGGAGGUGGCCUGGCUGGAGGGACCCUCACGGCCGCCUAGACAGCGGCGCCUCAUUUUACAGACUGGGAGACUGAGUGCCAGAGAGGGUCCUGAGCUUGCCCAAGGUCACGGAGAGGUGGCAGAGCCGGACCCAAACCCAGUCUCCGGUUCUCUGCGCCCGCAUUACUCCGAACUGUCUUUGCAGGGGAGGAUCCCCGCCCCGGCGUCCCCCCAGGUCUGGGCCCCACACUCUGGGCUGCGGGGAGUACACCCCCGGCCCCUCACCGCCCCUGGCCACCCCGACCCUCUGAGGAGGGGAAGUGCUCCUCCACCGGUGGUGGGAGGAGAGAAUACCUAUAGUUAGACAGCCAGAAGAACUUCCCCGAGAGCCUGGCCAUCUGUGGCUAGUCUCAGUUAAGAGGCGGACAGACUGAGGCACCCCAAAGCCGGAUUGAGAAUUUAUUGAAGGUGAAAUUUCCUCCAGCUUCUCCUCCAAGCUGAUCCCGGAGCAUGUGUCCCGCACACUAACCACCAUGACAGCCUCCCUUCCCCGUGCCUCGUCCCCACCUCCAGUCGGGAUCCAGUCCCAACUCCUCAGCAUGAUGUACAGUCAGGCCCCACCUUACCCAGCACCCUAUAUACCCACACAUACGCCCUGAUUCCCACAGAUUCCAGAACAUACCAGAUGCUUCCGCACCUCUCUGCCUUUGCCCGUGCUGUUUUUCCUGCCUGAAGUGCCCUGCCUCCUCCUCUGCCCAGAGAAUUCCUGGGGCCCUCCGAGCCCAGUCUCCCCGCCACUUCCCCUGGGAGGGCCUCCUGACGCCCGAAGCAGAAGUCUUCAUUACCCACUCAUUCAUUCAUCCAGCCCUGGUGCCCCGAUUUUUCAUUUAACCUGUUUGUAACACGGGGUCCCUAACAGUCCCGCCCCCUCACAGGGGCAGAUUAAGGG